CAGCAUUCAUUCUCCUUAUUCACUCGUCCAGAGGCUCAAAAUGGGAUUCUCCAGAAACAGCUGCGUAUGUACACGGCGUAUUCAAUUCAGCUACUGAGACACCUUCAACUGCUCAGUGAUAACUGCUGUGGUAAGAACUUGGCUGGACUGGCAGCUUCCCUAGCGGAGGUGGGCACAGGAGAGCCAGGAAAUCUUUUGUUUAUUCAUCUGUUGCAAAGAGGUGCUUUCCAUCUGAUGAUCAGACAAACACCGGACAGAAAUAAAUUGAAACUCAAAAUGGUCACAAUAUUGGCUAAUCUUUUCACGAGAGAACGUCUGCCUCAUUGGUUCCAAAUGGACGACAAAAAUAGCUACCCUGCGGAAUCCAAGAAUCUGAUUUUCUUGACUGGAUUGCCUAAUGAAAUGCAACACCUUGUCGAAGAAUAUAAUGAAAUUGCUGUCCCUCUCUACCAGAAGUUUAUGGCUGCCGCAUCGAGUGACCGCAACCUUGUUAUUGUUAAUAUAUAG